AGUACUAAACAGUGUCACGUGUGUACGUGAGCGAGCUGCUACUGCGUGUCUGCCCUCCGAGAUAGAUAACUGAUCCAUUUGGUAUACGGAUCCAUUAGGCAGUACUGUCGGUUGUGUUUAUACAUAUAGCUUUUUGUUCUGUUAGAGAAGGAGAGAGAGAGAGAGAGAUGACAACGUUACAAGACAUCUGUGCUGGUCUACCAACUAACCCUCUUCCAAGCCCGAGAUCGAGAGAUGGCUCACUACCUCAUGCGCCCACGCGUGUUACCAACUUGACGAAUGAAGAGCAACAGCUCGCUGUGAAAAAUGCCUUAAGAUACUUCCCGCCGGACUCUCACGAGGUGUUGGCUCCGGAGUUUGCAGCUGAGCUCAUAAACUUUGGCCACAUUUACAUGUACCGAUUUCUGCCUGCCAUCGAUAUGAGAGCAUACCCUCUCCGUGAAUACCCUGCAAAGUGUGAGUCUGCAGCUGCCAUAAUGCACAUGAUUAUGAACAACCUGGAUCCCAGGGUAGCCCAGUUUCCUCAAGAGCUGGUAACGUAUGGAGGAAAUGGACAGGUGUUUUCAAACUGGGCUCAGUUCUACCUGGUGAUGAACUACCUAUCAGAGAUGACAGAGGAGCAAACACUCGUUAUGUACUCCGGACAUCCUCUCGGACUCUUUCCCAGCUCAGAGAGGUCACCACGUGCAAUCAUCACUAAUGGAAUGGUGAUUCCUAACUACUCGUCUAGGGAAGAGUAUGACAAGCUGUUUGCUUUGGGAGUGACGAUGUAUGGACAAAUGACUGCAGGUAGCUACUGUUACAUUGGCCCACAAGGCAUUGUCCAUGGCACUACUAUCACCGUCAUGAAUGCAGGCAGGAAAUAUCUCGGGAACAGCAAUUUGGCAGGCAAGGUGCUGCUGACGUCUGGAUUAGGUGGGAUGAGUGGUGCGCAGGCCAAAGCCGCUGUCAUAGCUGGAUGUGUGGGAGUCAUAGCUGAGGUCAGUCAGGAGGCUGUAUAUAAGAGACUCGAGCAGGGAUGGGUCAUGGAGGUUGUGAAUGAUGUCAGUGAUUGCAUUGCCAGGAUUAGGAGUGCUCGAAUCCAGAGGAAACCACUCAGCCUGGCAUACCAUGGCAAUAUCGUUGAUCUGUGGGAAGGGCUACUGCAGCAGUACAAGAUGACGGGUGAACGGCUCGUUGACAUGGGUACGGACCAGACGUCAUGCCACAACCCAUUUAACGGAGGCUACUAUCCUGUGCAGCUGGACUUUGAGGAUGCGCAGGUUGUAAUGAAGGAAGACCCAUCACAGUUCAAGAAACUUGUGCAGGAGAGUUUACGCCGCCAGGUGGCAGCAAUAAAUGAGUUAACAGACGCCGGAAUGUAUUUCUGGGAUUAUGGCAACGCAUUUUUACUGGAGGCACGACGAGCAGGUGCGGAUGUCACUAAGCCAGGCGAUGUGAGUGGCAUCUCCUUCCGCUACCCGUCGUAUGUUCAAGAUAUCAUGGGUGACAUCUUCUCGCUUGGCUUUGGACCGUUCAGCAGCGCAACAGUACGAGACCGCUAAUGCGUAAUCGGCCGCGAUAACUGUUGUACAGUUGGCAAACACCGACAGAAACCGUCAACAACACAACAACAACAACAACAACAACAACAACAACAGCAGCAG